AUGGCCUCUCCACCUUCGCCCGCAUCUUCUACAAGCAGCCUCGCGUCACGCCGCUCCGUCGAUGUCAACAAACCCCAGACUCUCCCGGACCUCGUCAACCACUUCGUUGCCUCGAAGCGCUCCCUCAACACACAAACCAUCCUAUGGCGAGCCAACGACAUUGUCACCUCAGCCCGCGACCUGCUCGAGGAAAAUGCCAUCCUUUCCGCCAAAAACGCUUCCAUUCGUAACAUUGUUGAUACCCAGGUCGAGAAUCUGGAAGCUAUCCGCCGCGGCAUAGACGUCAUAGAAGCCGACGUCCAGACCGAGUUCAAGCAAUUGCUGCACGAUUUGGAUACUUCCUUCGCCGGUCUGCAGUCUACCUUGGCCGUCCUACGCGAUACCCCCAUCGAGUCGGUUCUACAGCCGCCUAACGCUCCGCAAAAACACCUGUUCGACUUCAUCGACAGCUCCACCGUCACCAAUCUCAAAGACUCGCUGCGCGCCUGCAUAGACCGCUACAACGAAGCUCGAUCCUCUCUCGAAGACAGCAAGGAUAGCUUCGAUACCGCCCUCGAAAACCUGCAUUCGUCGAUUGACAAUGUCCCCAACACUCCUCUCACAGCCUCUAGUCCGAGCCCUAUACCGAGCUUAUACCGCGAUUUCGAGGGGCACGCAAAGGAAGCCGCCCAGGCGUUCCAGUCUCUGGUACAACACUACGAUCUAUGCGUGACUGCUCUGCGACAUACUGAAGGGGGUGCUGCAGCUGCAACAAAGGCCACGGGCGAUGAACCGGUACCUUCUGGUGAUCAGCAUGCGCCGCCCCCGGAGCCCAUCUCAGAGGAAGAGCGCCAGGAAAUGCUCAGUGUACUUGCUAAAGAUGCCAUCGAGGUCGAAGAUGUCGUGUCCGAAAUUAGGGAUCGUGGGUCGGAAAUGUCGUUCCUGCUCUCCCAGGUCGAUAGUCACAUUACACAGCUGCGCAACGAAGACUCGGCUCUAGGCAGUAUUCUCAAGAUGAUAUCCAGGGUGAUGACCGAGGUCAAGUCACACAUUCUGACUGCUCGAUCCUUCCAUGGCCAUUGGCUGGAAGACACGCGCCCAAAUUUCCUCAGCGGCAUCGAAGAGUGGGAGAGCCAGAGGGAUUUCUACGAGAGAUUCGACCAGGCCUACGCUGAGCUGCUAGUGGAGAUUUCAUCCCGCAGGCGAAGACACGACAAGGCUAAGCGCAAGGCAGAAGAAGCCCAGAAAGAGUUGGAUCGAUUGCACGCCGAGGAUGAACGGGCGAGAGAACAGUUCGCACUCACCCAGGGCGAUUUCCUGCCUCUCGACAUAUGGCCCGGCUUACAGGAUCCCCCACGGCGGUAUGAAGUCCGCCCUAUCUUGCACGUUGCGGAGCACGAUGGUGCUCAUGAAGGCGAGGGAGGGGAGGACGAGGAAGACGGAGUGGGCACGCGGAGCAUACCGCAGUUGGGGCGGGAUGCCGUCGAGAGAGCUUUGACGCGAGUCAAACGACGCAUCAUACAAAUUACCCCGCCACACAUCGCAGGCGGAGCACAAAUCCUCCACUCUACAUACACAACCUUCACGAUGUCGACCACCGACCGACUUGCGCCUUCAGACGCCCCCACAAACGAAACCCCCGACGAAGAGUAUAUCGAGGAUCUUUUUGAUUCCGACGAUGAAGACACCAACGACACCAACGUAACCUUCGCUACCAAAGUGUACAAUCCCCAAACCGCUGCCCAGCCGAAGACACAGAAGCCCUCAGCCAACUCAAAGACCUCUAUCGAUGACCAAGUUGCCGCACUGGCUAAACAUGCAGGCAAAAUCAAGAUUUCGGAAGGAGGAGGUGGUGGUGGCGGACGAGAGAAGGACAAGAGCGAUCGAGCGACUAGCGACCAGGUGCUGGAUCCACGGACUCGCAUGAUCCUGCUACAACUCAUCAACCGCAAUGUUGUUUCAGAGAUUCAUGGCGUCAUCUCGACCGGAAAGGAAGCCAACGUCUACCACGCUAUGACUAUGACCGAGGACGACGCUCGGCCGAUACACCGAGCUAUCAAAAUCUACAAGACAGCUAUCCUUGCGUUCAAGGACCGGGACAAGUACAUGACUGGCGAGUUCCGCUUCCGUCACGGCUACAACAAGAGCAACAACCGGGCCAUGGUGCGCGUAUGGGCCGAGAAAGAACUGCGCAAUCUCAAGCGUAUCAACAAUGCCGGCAUCCCAUGCCCCGAACCCCUACACCUCCGCGAACAUGUCUUGGUCAUGGGGUUCUUAGGUGACAAGAAGGGCUGGGCAGCUCCGCGUCUUCGUGAUGUCGUGUUCAACGAUCUGAGUGCAGAAGAGGAGGAGCAAAAGUACAAGGACCUCUACAUCCAACUGCUGUCUUACAUGCGCAUCAUGUUCCACACCUGCCAUCUCGUCCACGGCGAUCUUAGCGAGUACAACCUCCUGUACCACGAGUCGAAGCUGUUCAUGAUCGAUGUGUCUCAAUCCGUGGAACACGAUCACCCUAAAUCCCUCGAGUUCCUGCGCAUGGACAUCAAGAACGUGUCCGACUUCUUCCGCUCCCACAACGUGGAAGUGCUCAGCGAACGUAAGGUGUUCGGCUUCAUCACCGGCGCUGAAGGCGGCAACGACAUGUCAGACAUCGCAAGCCACAUCCAAACCAUGUUCUCGCGGCAAGAAGCCCUCACCGAGGACGAGCAGCGCGCCGAGAACGCGGAUGAUGAUGUUUUCCGCACGCAAUACAUUCCCCAGAACCUCGAACAGGUCUACGACAUCGAGCGUGAUGCGGAUCUCGUCAACUCUGGCAAGCGGGGUGACUUGAUCUACCAAGGCCUCCUCGCUGACAAAACCGCGUCUGUAGGUGCAAACGAAUCUGAUGCUUCAGAUGCAGCGAGCGACGACGAGGAGAACUCGUCUGAUGGUGAAGACGAGUCGAGAUUCGAGAAGGGCCCGUCGAGGGGCAAGAAGCAUAUGGAUAAGGAUGAGAAAGCGGCACACAAGAAGGCUGUCAAGGAGGAGAAGCGCGAGAAGCGCAAGGAGAAGAUGCCCAAGGCCGUUAAGAAGAGUCUGAUGAAGUCUUCUUCUAAGAGGAAGUGA